AUGGGGCCUUUAACAAACCUUUGUUUGUCCAUACUCCACCAGGCGGGGUCCCAGCUGGAGGCCCUGAGUGAAGAGCCCUCUGAUGGAGCUCUUCUGGAGUCCUGUCUGCACACCCUGACUCUGGUCUACACCUCCCUGCAGGCUAAGAACCCCCUGCGAAGAACCAUCGCCAGUGCUUUAGGUUCAGUGCCAGCCUGGCUACAGGAGCAGACUGUCAACAGUUUGUCCGCCUGUCUGUCCGACUGUCUGUCCAACCCAACCUCAGAGCAGUACCCACACAUCACUGACACCAUCACUGCCUGUCUGGAUGGCUUCGCUCUCGGUGAGAGAUGCAUUAACAAACUGCUGCCUGAAGUGAUGCAGUUUCUUCACAAGGGAUUGAGUGAAUGUCUUCAUCAGAACAGUGGUCUCGCAGGACGUCACAUCGCCCAGGCCCAGCUGAUGUAUUGUUGCCUGGCGACAGUGAAGGCCUCCAUGCUGGUGAUGCAGAGAUCCCAGGAGACCAUCGGCUCCUCGCUGCAGGCUCAACACACACACACCAAGCUGGAGGACACACUGAGCAGCCUGCUGGGCUGCUACACACACAUCCUCACUGAUGAGGACUUUAUCCAGUCAGUCCAGAGUACAGCGGGCAUGGCUAUAGUGUUACUGAUCCGCUCUGCCAUGGGGGGUGGAGAUGAAGUUGCCUCUGUGGUGUGCAGUCUGCUGCGUGGCUCAGCACAGGGUUUAGACUCCGCCCCUCGGUGGCUGCAGCAGAGGUGUGAGGGUCUGUGCAGCAGCGCUCGCCCCGCUGGGGUCUCUCUGUAUCUGUGUCACGGGGCUCUGGCCAUGUUGAGCUGGAAGGGCGCUCUGCCCGGGCCGCAGUGGGAACAGCUGCUGCUGCUGGUUCCCAACACUCUGCUGGAUCUGGACGUCAGUAUAAAGGAGUCCAGUACAGCGAUGGUGGUGUCUCGGGUGCUGACCCUGUGGAGCAGCGCUGCUCUGGACUGCCUGCAGGGGGAGAGGCAGGUCUGCCCCCCCUGCCUCCAACAGUCCCUCAGCGGAGGCUCUGAGCUGCAGCAACGCCUGCUGGAGCACAUCUACUCCCACUGGGAGCACCCGCUGGACGGCGUCCGCCACCAAACCCGCGCGCUGUUCCGCAACCUCCUCCUCCUCCAUCAGCACACAUGUUCCUCCAUCUUUGAUCCAGCCGAGGACUCCUACAUCACAGAGCUCACCCUCAGCCUGCUGGGGCUGGAGUGGCACAUGAGGGGGAAGUACGGCUCCCUGAGCUGCCUGGUGGAGCUCUACGGGGCAAGGCACCUACUGGACGUCCAGCCCCAGCUGCCUGUUAGUCUCCUGGGCCUGAUGGGGGACCAGAACCUGGCUCCGUACGCCAGCGACCUCCUGGAGAGGCUGUUCGUCAGCCACAAGGCGCAGCUGGGCAGUGAGGCGGGUGCAGUGGACACCACAGGUUCAGAGGUCUGGAUGGAGGUUUGGCACAAGACGUGGGUGACCCCCCUGCUGCUGGUGCUGUGCCGGGCCAAGCUGGACCAGACCACGUACAUCCUGGACUACUUCCUGCCCAAGCUGCUCCGCUGCAGCCCGUCCAGUCUGACGCACAUGGUGCAGGCCCUGCAGGACACCCCGCCCUGCAGCACAGGCCCUUCGGGCAGCAGAGGAGCACUGGGCGCUCUCAUGACGUGCCUGCGGGCGGCCCGGGCCCAGGGUGUCGUUCCGUCCUCAAAGGAGGGUCUGUGGGGGGGCCUGGUGCCCCUCUCCCUGCUCCAACAAGCACUGGUACACAAACAUGAUCAAGUGAGGAUGGACGCCUUGGGGUUGGUGUGUGAGACCCUCCGCAGCACCGAAGCCCUGACCCCUCAGGAAAUGGACCUGAUCCGUUACUUCCUGCCGCAUAAUCUCAACAGUCAGGCACCAGGCGUCAGACAGCAGACAGUCAGCCUGCUGAAGAAGCUGCUGUGUCGAUUGAAGGACAGCGCUCUGCUGCUGCAGAAGAGAAUGAGCCAGGAGAGAGAUCCGGACAAGAGGGACGCAGACCAACACACACUACAUCAGUACGAGGAGUUCCUGCGCUGGCUGUGUGUGAGCCUGCUGGAGGUUCUGCUUCCUGGAGCGUCCUUCUCCAAGUGCCUCAUGGCCCUCCAGCUGCUGUGUCUCCUGGGCGAGCUCUUCACCUUCAGCUCUGGUACGUCUACUCUUCAUCAGCAGCCCUCGUACAUGACUUACUAA